GACGCCUACGAGUACUUGUCUCUCCUCUCGUGUCGGAUCUCCUGCGUUGUGGACGUGUUGAUAAAAUCCAUCGUGUCUCGUCUCAGCGCGGAGCAAGACGAUCGCCACGCCUUUGGGGAGUCACUUUGACACGGCGUCAGCUCACAUCCAGUGUCCGUUCUCUCUCCUCUCGGGAUUUUUUUCCCUGACUCCACACAAGAGGAACAUUUUCUCCUUGCACAUCAAUCACGCACGCCGCUCUGCUUGUUUGGAGUGUCAUCGUGCUGCUGCGUGGACGUAAAAUCAUUUGGGGAGGAUAUCUGAAGGUGCACUCGUGUUUAUAUCGGAUAGCUACACGUCGGAUCAAGAAUGGGACUUGCAGCCUAGUGGUGCUAGGAAUGCCCCAGACUUUGUGCUCAGGCACCAUGUUCACCACUCCUAGUGGCUUCAGCCCCCAUCUGGCCUGCGCUGAGCCUGAGGAGGAGGAGGAGGCUGCACAGGAGGGCCAGGGGCCCGCGGCUUGUCUGGCUGAUGGGCCCCCCAUCAGCUCUGCCUCACUGGAAACCCUCAUCCAGAAUCUCGUGCCUACUGCUGACUACUACCCCGAGAAAGCCUAUGUGUUUACGUUCCUGCUGAGCGCCCGUCUGUUCAUCCCUCCUACGGAGCUGCUGGCCCGCGUGUGUGAGCUGUGCAUCAAGCAGCAGCAGCUGGACCAGAGCCCACUUGAUACGGCAAAAGUGCGCAAGUUUGGUCCUAAGAUCCUGCAGCUGCUCACAGAGUGGACGGAGACAUUCCCCUCUGACUUUAAGGAGGAGAAGAUGGUUGGACUCCUGAAAGACAUCAUCCACAGGAUAGCUCCCUGCGAUGAGGCCUACUGGAAAACUUUAAACCAGGUGCUACAGAAGCUGAGCCAAAGGCUGGCCUUGAUGAGUCAGGGGGAGGAGAGCAUCAUCAAGGUCUCCCUCAAUGCCUCCUACAUCUCCGACAAGCUCGUGGCCUUCAAGACCAAGCCCCCGCCCAUCCAGAAGGACAUGCUCUCCAUCUGCAAUGACCCUUACACACUGGCUCAGCAGCUCACCCACGUGGAACUGGAACAUUUGGCUCAUAUUGGACCGGAGGAGUUUGUUCAAGCGUUCGUUCAGAAAGACCCCCUAGAUGGAACCCGGCAACAACCGUGCUUUGGUGACCAGAAGAAAACCUCCAACCUGGAAGCGUAUGUCAGGUGGUUCAACAGGCUCUGUUAUCUGGUAGCGACUGAGAUCUGCAUGCCUGCAAAAAAGAAGCAGAGGGCCCUGGUGAUAGAGUUUUUUAUCGAUGUGGCCAGAGAGUGUUUCAACAUCGGAAACUUCAACUCACUUAUGGCCAUUAUCUCUGGUAUGAAUAUGAGUCCAGUGUCAAGACUGAAGAAGACCUGGGGCAAAGCCAAGACCGCUAAGUUCUUCAUUUUAGAGCAUCAGAUGGAUCCUACGGGAAACUUUUACAACUACAGGACCGCGCUGAGAGGUGCCGCCCAUCGCUCUCGGACGGCCAACAGCAACAGAGAAAAGAUCGUGAUCCCUUUCUUCAGCCUUCUCAUUAAAGAUAUUUACUUUCUGAAUGAAGGAUGUGCCAAUCGACUUCCCAACGGCCAUGUUAACUUUGAGAAAUUUGUGGAGCUGGGCAGACAAGUUGGCGAAUUCAUUAUCUGGAAGCAGAUGGAGUGCCCCUUUGAGGAGGAUCAGACCAUUCUCCAUUACCUCCACACUGCCCCCAUCUUCAGUGAGGAUGGACUCUAUCUUGCAUCCUAUGAGAGUGAGAGUCCAGAGAACCAGGUCGAAAAGGACAGGUGGAAAGCGCUCAGGUCAAACGUUCUGGGAAAGACAUGAGGCGCUGAUGGCAGCUUGUCCUCUCGCCAGCGAGGGAGCGCAUGUUCUCAUUGCACUAUAAUGAACUGUGAAGGAACCAAGCUGGUACUUAGGUGUUUUCUAUAAAGACAAGAUGAAUUAAGAGAAGAAAAAAAAGGAUGAUGAACAGGAUUCAUCAAGUUUCAGGUGUGAUGAAGAUAAAAAAAAAGAUGUGAAAAUAAUGAAGCUACUGAACAUAUGAUGACAUAGUUCCAUGAUGAGGAUGUUCAUUUACCAUUUACUCCGUGAAGGCGUGUUUACGACCUCGGAGAGUACAGUUACAGGGAAAACUACUUUAUAACGUGAAAUUCCUACUGAUGCUGUCGUUAUUUUGGUAUUUGCUUCUCUCUCUUUUUCUCUCCAUCUUAGAUCCAGAGCCUCGAUAGCUAUUUUGUUUGACGUUUUCCUUACGUUGUCAUGUACUGUAAUGAAACUUUCCAUGAUGUGAAGGGCGCUGGCUUGCCCAUAUCGGCCGUUGAGUUUUAUACUGUUGGUCUACUGUCGUGAAGGAAUUACUGCGUGUGCCUGGGAGGAUCGCAAAGUAUUUUAGCUCUGUGUGUGUGCGUGUGUGUGUACGUUCUCCACAUGAAGCAUCCAUGUCAACUGAGAUUAUCUAUUACAAGAAUGACUGGAAACUCUUAUUUAAUUUUUUUUUUUAAUUAUUAUUUAUUGUGUUUUUUAUGUGGUUGGGUGGGGUAAUAUGUGCUGCUGGAAAAGUGUUUACUCCUUUCAGAUGUUUUGUGCCAUGAGUGCGGGAAAACUACAGUUACCUUAGCCAAGUGUGUACAUUCGACCCCCGCCCAUCUUUCUGCUCCUCAGGAAGUCUUUUCUCUUGACUGAUGUUCAGUUGUCUUAUUUUAUUUAUGGAGAUUUCUGUGCUGACAGAUGUAUUGUUUUGUUGUACUUUGACUUUGUUUAAUAUGAAGUGAUACGGCGUGUUAUACAGUGGGUUAUUUCUUCAAGGGGCAUUAGGCGAGUUCACCUCGUGACUACUAGCGCAAGCUGUCAGUGAUGAUGCAUUGUUGUAUGCUAAAGAAGGACAGACAGUGUUAAGUAACGAAGGGAAAUUGUGCCAUAUGAAUUUAAUGGUUCAGGUUCAUUUUGCGUGAGGUGUGAUUGAUUGGUGGGUUUGUUUUUCGCCUUUUUCUCAUGCUUUUUGGAGCUCUGUGCGAGGAUGUCCUAAUCGGGGAGUGAGCGGAACCAGUGUAAUUAGAAGCAUUUCAAAACCACCCGCUUCUUUGUUAUAGCUUGAUGUCAAUACUUUCUCCGAAGACGCACCGUUUCCUCUCCAUAAGACUCGUCCAUCAACUUUCCCUGUCACCUAUAGAGCAUUUAUGAUAACCACAGAUGUGGCGUCCAACCUAAGAUCGGUUUUGAUUACAUUUAUCCUGUGAUUUUGAUGACAAUCACCUACACAUCUAUUGCAUUCAUCUUUACAGCAAGUGUGUGUUUUCAGGGUGGGAUGCACCAGUGUUUUCCUUUACUUAGGUCAAACUGAAACCGUUAUGAUUCCAGCAUCACUGCAAAAUGUGUGUUCCUUAAAACCUUUAAUAAAGUAAGCCAUGCUCA